AGCUCACGCUCACCACCCUCCGGCGGCAUCGAACGAAGAGACUGUCAUCGCCAGUCUAACGUUCUCCUCCACUACUUCGCGCCAACAUGCCGUCUUUCUACCCCAGGCACCAGAUGCCUCGCCAGCCGUAUACGCCGCCAGAGUUCGUGCCGAGUUACCACUCCUCCUGCGGAGGUAUGCCUUAUCAGCACAACGCCUACUCUGGCCAGGCGACGGCUCGCCAACAAGACGACUACGAUUAUGCCGAACGCUACAGCCAGCUUGCCAUGGCCAUGCCUCCAAUGUACCCACAGGCUGGCACAUACAUGGCUCCUCCUAGCCUGCCACCCCCGAGCUCAUUCUACGACGCUGGCAACACGUUGCCGCCAAUGCGCUCCCAUGAGCAGACCAUCCAACAGCAGCGUGCGCAAGAGUAUAACCAGCGUACUCAGCAGCCAGCAAAGGAAGAGAAACCUGUUGGUGGUGUUUCGGCCAAACUCGACUACGACAUGGAUGUGAUGACUGACUUCGUCCGUGACAUGGCGUUGCAACUCAUCACACCCGGACGUAUGGAGCCUACCUCUUUCCGGAAAUGGGUUUACCAGGUUUUGUGCGCCACAAGACUACCGUCUGCCACCAUUGUGCUUAGCAUGUCGUACUUGUCCAUUAGGAUGCCUAUGCUGGUGCACGAGCCUAAGACCGACACGCAUCUCUACCGCCUCCUCACCAUUGCGUUGGUGCUUGGUAGCAAGUUCUUGGACGACAACACGUUCAUCAACCGUUCCUGGUCGGAAGUCAGUGGCAUCAGGGUUGACGAGCUUAACAGGCUUGAGAUGGAGUGGCUUAACGCCAUCGACUACAAGCUUCAUCGCGAUGCUACCGAGCUCCAGGGCUGGAACACCUGGUCAGACAACUGGAAGGAUUACCAGGCUCGCGCCAGCCGUAGCAACAAGCUUAGUCCCAUCGACACGUCGGUUCACCGUCGUUCUUACAACGCGAACAAGCCUCUUCCCGCUCUGCCUCCGCAGCAGACCUAUCACACCCCAUCGUACGAGACUGCGCCCAAGUCUGCCAUGUCUUCGUAUGGCUAUGGUGGUUACGCUCAGUACGACCCGUGGAGAUCGUCCGACCGCUCCCCUGCAUCCGCGCCAACUACAGGACCCACCACCCCGGAGUACUAUGGUGCGACCGGACCCUGGGCUCCCGCUGAGGGCUACUCGCGUCGCACCAUGUUCGGUUUCCCACCCCUGUCUCAGCCAGCUCAUACCCAGCACCACCACCACCAGCAGUCGACCAACUAUGGCCCGCCUACUUACCAGUCGCAGUACAACGCGUCUGCUUGGAACCAGCACGGUGUGAACUGUGGUUGCAUGUACUGUGCGCAGAGGCACCAGCCAUACUUCAUGGCUCCUGGUUUUGGCCCUCAGGCCAUCACCGCCUAAGCGAUGCAUUCAUUACGACGCCUGCACCUUCUACAUUACAUAUUCGACGCUCGACUCUACCUCAGCGACCUGUUUGUCCAAAAGUUCCUGUCAUCUUCCCUACUAUCCUUCGGUCUAUCUUCAGACCCUGCUGGCCACCAAAUAUACGUCUCUUGCAUCCACGUCGAGUCUGCCCUGGCGACUCGUAUGGCCCCUCAAUCCUCGGCGCGCAGAGUUUUGUCUUCGCCAUCUGCACGCAUAUCGGCGCCAUCCUGGAUCUAACGAAAACGCAUACACACCUU